GAAAGGCCUCACGGCCUCAUUUUGCCAUCAGUGCCUGCUACUAUUGCCCAGACGACAAAAAAGCAUGUCACAUAUUAUUAUCUCUGAUCCAGCUUACUCAUCCACACACGGCAGAGAGCAUUAAAAACCUGUGUUGACCGGUGCACAGAAGACUGGGGUAUACCGCAAAACAAAAUACUGACAGCCAUAACGGACAACGGGAGCAACAUGGUAGCUGCAUUCAAACCUGUAGAGGAGGAGGAGAGUGAGAGCAGCAUGGAGGAGGACUCCCAGGAGAGCGACAGUGAAGACCCUGUGCUGGCUACAGACGAACAGAGGUAUGGAGCGAUGGUGAGGACCCCCUGCGUCGUCCACACGCUACAGCUGGUGGUUGGCAUGAUAAAAAAAGAAACAAGUGUUAAUAAACUUCUAGAUAAGGUCCGUUCACUGGUGAAGCUCUUCCGAAAAUCUUCCGUAGCAACUGAGAGGCUAUUGAAGGAGUGCAAAUUAACUCUGGUGAAGGACUGCCCCACUAGGUGGUCGAGCACCUACAUUAUGAUCAACCGGCUUCUUCAAGUAAAGGACUCGGUUGUGAAAGUUGCGGAUGGCAUGACGUGGGACUAUCUCCUACCAAGUGAAUGGCAAAAGCUGACCGCUAAAGUGGGUGACUUCGACUAUCUGAUUGCUACUCCGGAACGUAGCCGCAAGAAGAGGCUGUGUCACAUCAAUAUGCUGAAACCAUAUCAGGGUCGUGACGCGGAUCCUGGUCUGGGCGGCCAACGUCCAGCUGAACCCCCGGUGGAGGAGGUGGCCGACGGUGUCGCUAAACCCGGCUCCGCCUGUACUUUGGCGGUGUGCAGCCCUGGAAGUGUCGGGGUCGGGAUUGCGCUGGAGACGGGGGAGGAUGAUGUGGAGGUGUUCCCGAUUCCUGGGGGUGGAGCUACGGCUACUUAA